UAAUUCAUCAUUUCUUUUUGAUAAGGGCCCUUUUGUUUGAAUUUAACAGUUUUAGGCUGGUUCUUCAAUUCAAGUCAGACACAACCACUACACAAUUAUACUUUCAGGCUUUAUGGAAAAAAGAAAUUUUUUGCUCUCUUUCCCUUUUCCUUUUUUUUGUUUUCCUUUUUAUUCUCUAAUUAUCAGCCUAUUUUCAGUUGCUUCUUAUUACUAUCUCUAUCUAUUUUGUAUAUCUUUAUUUAAAUUGAAAGUAGUAAAAAACAGAACAGAUUACGAAAAAAAAAAAAAACCCAACGAAAAUCAUUUCGCUUACAGAACAGAGACGCCCUCAUUAUCAAUUAAAUGUCAUAUCAUAAUAUGACAGCUUAUGCACUGAUAAUUAAACUUUUCCUCCUCACUUUAUGUGUAUCAGCCAUCUAUUCUUCUACAUCAGUUCCUACCGCCACUACUCUCUCUACAGCAUUAUCAUCUUCUCUGUUCAUACCAGCACAAACAUCUACCACAACUCUAUCCGCCCUAACGGAUGCUCCUUCCGUACUUCAACAAAGAUCGUCUUCUUUGAAAGAAGAAGAAAAACGAUUAGCUAAGCUAGAAAAAGAAUUAGAGCGACGUACACAGGAGCUCUUGCAGAAAGAAGAACAGUUAGAAAAGCGAGAAAAGCGUGUUAUUGAGAAAGAGAGAAAGCAGCUUGAACGAGAAGAAAAAUUUAGAAAAUGGUUGCAAGAGCAACAAAGAAAGAAAGACGAUGCAUCCAACAACAACAAUAAUGAUAGAUACGCUUCAGAUACCAUAACAGACCUUCCUACGAUGACAACCAGUAGCUAUUUAUCACAACCAACAGCCCAGAGAAAGAAAUACGGCAAGCAUCAAGAGCAGUCUGAACAAUACAACGACACUACGGAUGACAAUGACGAGGACGACGAUGAAAAUGAUGAAAAUGAUGAAAAUGACGAUAACGAUGAUGACACUUCCUCUUCAGAGGAGACUUCUCCGAGUGACAACGACAGUAACAGUUCAUCUAUAGCAACGACCAUGACAUCCAGUGGAUCUUUGUCAGCAACACCUACAAUUUACACUCAACCUGGCAGCCAUGAUAAUGCUGCGAAACAACAAGGCGGCUCCCAGAAACAACAACCACACAACCAUCAAAUUACUGAUCCAAACGACACGUCUGGCAUAUCUGCUGAUACGGGACAUGCAGAUCAUCAACAGCAAAAGGAAGAGCAGCCGCAGUCAAAACCGAAUAAAUCCACCAUCGUCAUUUUCUCCGUCAUUGGUAGUGUAGCCGCCAUCUGUCUUAUUGUAGGAGGCUUCGUCGUGGGUCGUGUCGUGGGUCGUAAAAGAGACCGUGAACGCAUGGAGAAGAAGCGACAACAACAAGAGCAAGAAAAAGGAAUACAACCUUAUUCUGAUCUUGAAAGUGGUCACAGCAAUAACAAGGAUGAUCACCAUGGUAGCCAUUCCAGCAGCAGCAGCAGCAGCAGCAGCAGCAGCAGCAACGGUACUAGUAGCUUCCACCAAAAUCCAUUCUUAGAUCCCGAACAACAGGAUCCACGUAUUCUCAACCGCAUGUUGGAUGUUAGCCAUGCGGAUUACAUGGGCUAUCGUGCCGAUCGUACCUUAUCCAUGGUGUCGCAAACGACAGCUACCAUGGCGCUUCCUUCAGCUCCACCUGCUAAGGAACUGGAUGCUCUUGAGUUUGACAAUCCCUUUGAAGAUUUCACUGGUGUCGAUUCUGAUACUACGACUGCGACGACAACAACGAUGAGAGGUCAAGACCUUUCUGAGCCACACAAAGAUCAACGUCAGAGACCUAUUUCUGCUGCAUCGACUCCAUCUCUUUUGACAGAACAUCAGCAGCAAAAUAAACAAAGAGAAGAAGGACGCGGCUCUCAACAACAACAGCAGCAUCGAAAUGAUGAUUACCCACCACCUCCAGCUUAUACACCUAGUGUUGUACCUAGCGCCCCACCACUGUACGCCCUCCCCAGUCCUACUGCAACUGUCUUUACCAGUCAUACGGAGCAAUCGCCAUCCUCUGAUGCAGCUUUAGAACGUCUGCACGCCACUCCAUCUACAAUGACAAACAAUAGACGACACUCCAUCAGUAGUUGUCAUAGCGUUGAAUCUUCUACCAGCAGACGACCUGUUUCACUAAGACGUGCCUCAGGUACUUUAACGUACGUUCCCACAUCAUCCGUAUCCACAUCCUCGACAUCAUCCAAUACGCCAUCAUUAUUGUAAAUUUUUUAUUUCAUGCAACAUAUUAUCUAUACAACUUGUAUCAAAAAUAGUUCGUUUCUCUGUACAACAACAAUUUAUUUUUCUUUUUAAAGAACAACUUUUUUUUUUUUUCUUUGUAAAUCAUCAACAGCUUUGUACAUAAGUAUACCAUUUUCCCUUUCUCAUUUGCUCAAAGAAUAUCCCCCCUUGAAAUACAUGUAUCAAUGAUCGAGACAUACUUCAUUUAUGCUUAAAAUAAACGUUUGCUAUCUUUAAUGGAACAGCUAUCUUUUUUGUGGUAGCGAUAUACAAAUUCGUAAAGGGACUUACAUUUCGCAGCGUUGUCUUUACGUUCGCGCUAGAACAGAUGGAAUAAGAGAGCUCGGUUGUUCAUGAUGGACACUGCCUCUG